UUUUUCUAUGUAUAAAUAGGUCGACUUGGAAGAACACAAUUGGAACUCUUUCAUUCUAAGCAGACGCAGUCAAAUACACAUAGACGUCCUCAGAUCUUCAAAGGCGGGCGAGCCCCGAAACGCCGACUCGACUGAGAAAUGGCUUUAGGUGGACCAGCUCCACCAAGGGGCAGCGCAGCAGCUACUGCAAGCAUGCGCAGGAGGAGGACAACAAGUAGCGGGGCAUCUGGAGGGGCAGCCGGGACCAUGCUCCAGUUUUACACAGAUGAUGCCCCAGGUCUCAAGAUCUCUCCAAAUGUCGUUCUUGUCAUGAGCAUUGGCUUCAUAGCCUUCGUUGCCAUUCUUCAUGUCAUGGGUAAAUUGUACUUUGUGCGUAGAGAGGCGUAGAAGGACUCAGAUGAUAGGAUAUACCAAAUUCAAUAUGCUGAAUUUUGGGUUUCGAAUGAAUAAGUAGACUUCAAAGUCAAUUUUUACAAUGAAUUUCGGUUAAUUUAUGAGGGAGAGGUUAAUGCUGCUUA